AUGGAGCUGGCGGCUGGGAACCUCAGUGAGGGGAACGGGAGCGGCCCCGAGCCCCCGGCCCUGGAGCUGAGGCCGCUGUUCGGCAUCGGCGUCGAGAACUUCAUCACGCUGGUCGUGUUCAGCCUGAUCUUCGCGCUGGGCGUGCUGGGCAACAGCCUGGUGAUCACCGUGCUGGCGCGCAGCAGGCCGGGCAAGCCGCGCAGCACUACCAACCUGUUCAUCCUGAACCUGAGCAUCGCCGACCUGGCCUACCUGCUCUUCUGCAUCCCCUUCCAGGCCACGGUGUACGUGCUGCCCACCUGGGUGCUGGGCGCCUUCAUCUGCAAGUUCGUCCACUACUUCUUCACGGUCUCCAUGCUGGUCAGCAUCUUCACGCUGGCCGCGAUGUCCGUGGACCGCUACGUCGCCAUCGUGCACUCGCGGCGUUCCUCCUCGCUGAGGGUGUCCCGCAACGCGCUGCUGGGCGUCGGCUUCAUCUGGGCGCUGUCCAUCGCCAUGGCUUCGCCCGUGGCGUACCACCAGCGCCUCUUCCACCGGGACGUCAGCAACCAGACCUUCUGCUGGGAGCAGUGGCCCAACCAGCGCCACAAGAAGGCCUACGUGGUGUGCACCUUCGUCUUCGGCUACCUGCUGCCGCUUCUGCUCAUUUGCUUCUGCUAUGCCAAGGUCCUUAAUCACUUGCAUAAAAAGCUGAAGAAUAUGUCAAAGAAGUCAGAAGCAUCCAAGAAAAAGACAGCACAGACGGUUCUGGUGGUGGUUGUGGUUUUUGGAAUAUCCUGGCUGCCCCACCAUGUCAUCCAUCUCUGGGCUGAGUUUGGAGCUUUUCCGCUGACCCCAGCCUCCUUCCUCUUCAGGAUCACUGCCCACUGCCUGGCCUACAGCAACUCCUCGGUGAAUCCGAUCAUAUAUGCCUUUCUCUCUGAAAAUUUCAGGAAGGCCUAUAAGCAAGUGUUCAAGUGCCACAUUUGCAACAAAUCACCUCUCAGUGAUAAUAAAGAAAAUAAGAGUCGAAUAGACACCCCACCAUCAACCAAUUGCACUCAUGUGUGA